GUACGGACCAAUAGCGUUUGAGCUUUCGAUCAAACACUAAAAGUAAACAGACAUGUUUUGACCUGUCAGGAAGAAAUCGGGCUGCUGCGCUCCUUGGUUGUACACAGUGCGCGACGGCAGCCAGCAGGCUAGCCUGUUUUUAGCUUGUAUAACACAACUGCUAGCUUAGCAGCAGGGAACCAGCCACAGUCUGACGGCUCUGCGGAAGCGGCCAGCGUCCCGCGGGGCGAUGGUGCUGCCAGGCAGGUGAAGGGGAUGAAACCGGAAGGUCAGCGGGUCAUCAUGGCUGAGCAGAACGGGCGGCAGCUGGUUGGUUCGGUGAGACAGGCCGGCUCCUCGGGCCGCCCGGACCGCCAGAUGUUCAAGUGUUGGACCCACUUCCCCAGCCUGAUGGAGGGCAUGCACGGCCUCAGACAGAGCGGGACCCUGUUCGACGUCGCGCUGCUGGUGGAGGGUCGGCCCAUCCCGGCCCACCGCAUCCUGCUCGCUGCCUCCUGUGAUUAUUUCAGGGGCAUGUUUGCCGGAGGCCUGCGGGAAACGCAGCAAAACGAGAUUCCCAUCCACGGAGUAUCCCACACGGCCAUGAAUAAAAUCCUCGACUACAUCUACACGUCUGAGAUCGAGUUAGACCUGGAGAACGUGCAGGAAGUCCUGAUCGCCGCGACGCUCCUUCAGCUUGAGGACGUGAUUGGCUUCUGCUGUGACUUCCUGUUCUCCUGGCUGGACGACGGCAACGUUCUGGAGGUCCUCCACCUGGCCGACGUCUACGGCCUCGAGCACCUCAAAGCCAAAGUCCACUCCUACAUCCUCAGGAACAUUCAGACGUUGUCUCGGACGGACGUGUACCGGCAGCUGCCCGAGGAGGACGUCUUCCUGGCGCUGAGCAGCGACGCGCUCCAGGUGGCCAGCGAGAACGAGGUGUAUGAGGCGGCGCUUCACUACCACUACAGCCCCGAGGAGGUGGAAACUGACCGGGUGUACUUGCAGGUCAGUCGGAAGGACAACCUGAGGAUGCUGGACGCCGUGCGCUUCUGCCUAAUCGAGAAAAGCGUGCUGCAGAGGCUCCACGACAGGCUGGACCCGUGCCCGCUGAAGGACUCUGUGUCGGCGGCGCUCCGGUACCACGAGCAGGAGAUGUGGCAGCCCGUGCUGCAGAGCCCGCUCACCCGGCCGCGCUCCACCUUCCACUGCAUCCUGGGCUUCGGCGGGAUGUUCAGCUCCAGCUCCUUUGCAGACACCGAGCACGUCUUUCAGGUGUUCCACCCGAGCUGGAGGGAGUGGAGGACGCUCAAAGCGGCCUACGCCCCGCGGAUGUCCAACCAGGGCAUCGCUGUGCUCAACAACUUCGUCUACCUGAUCGGAGGCGACAAGAACAACAGCAGCUUCCGUGCGGAGAGUCGCUGCUGGAGAUAUGACCCUCGUUGCAACAGCUGGUGCUCCAUCCAGCCUCUGCAGAAGCAGCACGCCGACCACUGCGUCUGCGUGGUGGGCGGCCACAUCUACGCCAUCGGCGGGCGCGACUACAGGAGCGAGCUGGACUCCGUGGAGCGCUACGACCCGAGCACCAACACGUGGGAGUUUGUGUCCCCCAUGAAGAAGGAAGCGUAUGCUCAUGCCGGAGCGGCGGUAGACGGCAGGAUUUACAUAACAUGUGGCCGUCGGGGGAUGGCGUACCUCAGAGAGACCUACUGUUUCGACCCCGCGGCCAAUCACUGGACGGCGUGCGCAGAGGGGCCGGUGGAGCGGGCGUGGCACGGCAUGGCUGCCGUGAACGGCCGCGUGUACGUCAUCGGGGGCAGCAACGAUGUGCGUGGAUACCGGCGUGACGUCCUGCAGGUGGCCUGCUUUGCCCCCGCUGCAAACUCCUGGUCUUUACUGACCCCGCUCCCGUCUGGACACGGAGAGCCCGGCAUGGCCGUGCUGGACGGCCGCAUCUACGUGCUGUGCGGGCGGUCGCACGACAGGGGCAACAGGAUGAAGUACGUUCACGUGUACAACACAGACACGGGGGAGUGGGAAAACGAGACUGAAUUCAGAGAGCGCGUCUCGGGCCUGGCCGCCUGCGUGGCGCUCAUGCCCCCGGCGGUGAUCGCUCAGGCCCGAGGCUGGGAGAAUUGCACCAAGGCGUCUUCAGACGACGCCGACGUGGACAACUCUGAGGAGUCCAGCGAGGACUGAGAUGAACUCGUCAGCCGUCCUGCAUUUUUCCCACCCGGAACAUAAACCAGGGUGUCAGCACUUUUAAGGGACGGUGCAUUGAUAAGUUUUAGUGCCUCUGAAAGGGGUUCGGUCAGGGCGUCUGCACGCUUUUUGCUCCUCCUCAAAUUCGUGGUACCACACUCCAUCCAGAUAAUCCCCGUCAGCUGAAACAUUCAUCGCAACUGAUCGCUCUUCCGCCUUUAUUUAGGCGUUCGUUUUUUUUUUUUGUUUGUUUUUUUGCAAUCCACUUAAUGUGUAGCAUCUAAAACAACUGGCUCAUUUGCACAAGCGCUUUCUUUGGAGGGACGUUAGAUUCUGCUGACAGCAGCUUUUAGUCCUUCGAGAUUGUUUUUGACAAGGAAUCUUUUUAAAAAAACAAACGUUUGUUCCUGGGUUUGCAGAGAUCUGCCGCAGUUACUGUUGCGUCCCGGGUAAACCGUGUUCACCUUGAAACGUAGAAGCGUGCCUUGUUUUUGCGAUCGCAUCCGUGAUGUUUGACGAUAUCAGGGCGGACAGAAAUGAGCCUUAGGUCAAAGUGAGGACGGAUCACUGUGAAGGCCACAAUGUUUCAGAAGGUCGGUCUCAGUUUAUGGUUUGCUGCCAUCCAAACACGUCUUUGUGUAACCAUUAUCAUGUAUGUGUCGUUUGAUUUGUCCUGCAUACCACUGGCACACUAGAGGUUGGGGUUUACAGCACAAUAAUGAACUCAACUUAUAGAUGUAUCCUUCCACAGCCAUUUGUCCCUGGCUGGGUAUGCAAGUCUGGUCUAAAUUCCUCCAUCUGCUUUUUUUCCCCCUCCAGCAGAAGCUUGGUGAAAUUAUUAUUUUGUAAAUAAACAACAGAAUUUUCUUUCACUGCA